GAGAGACUCAGCUCUGCGGAGCAUGUCGCCACAGAAUGAAGGAGAAUUGGCCGGCCGCUCGAAGCGAUCAGUGUCACCGAGGAUGGACAGAGGAUGGCGGCGGGGUGGAGGUAGAUGGAGGGGAGCUUGCAACUCACGAGGCGGCGGAGUCCAUUGCGGGCAGCCGAGAUAGCAGGGAUUCGCCUAAGGCUGCGAUGCAGUGCUUGCUGGGACUGGGAUGGAUGCUGCGGCGAGCAGUGGUUUUUUCCGUGUCGUCGAGAGGUUGGAGGUGUCGUGGGAUGGUGGAAUGGGGAGUGGAAGAAGUUGUCGAGGUGCUCGCGGCUCGUCGCAGCACGAAGGCGGCGGCCCAGCUCAGUGCGGCCGGUCCGGACGAGGGAAGCUCCAGCGCCGACUGGAGAUUUCCUGGACGUCACAGCGAAGCGGCAGCCCACUUGCCCACCCCGACCCCACCGCUGCGUAAUAAUCGCCCAGCAGGACCUGCCGCCAGGGCUGGCCUUCGCUCAAACCUACCUCAACUCUACGUCGCACCCUCCGGCGCCUCCGCCGCCACAGGUGCUGCAAGUGGGCAUCAUCUUCGGCGCUUUUGCUGCGCUCUGCGCUGAGGGAUCCCCUGCUUAGCCUGCCUGCGUGCUGCCCAGAGCCUGCAUAUCACCUCCCAAUCUCGAGCUGGUGGGGGCUCGUGUUUCUCGCCGUGCUGCUGGCUGAGCCAGCAGACCCCGCGCGAGGCGAAGCUCUCUUACAUGACCCCCCAAGCCAGCAGCUCCUCCUCCCCAACGACGGCAUAGCACUUUUGGGGCUACAUUCUCGACAUUCCGCCACAUCCAGUCUGCGGUACUCCGUAGGCAGGCACCACGUGCGACAGCUUUUGCUGGACAGGCUAUUUGCAGCCCCUUGUCAUCACUAAGAGCCUCGCUCGCCGCGAGCCACCAGGGACCUGCAGGGUGCCGAGUCGACAGUGGGUCGGCGUGGGUUUCACCCAUUACGUAGCAUAGCUCGGCCGCCUGAUG